AUUACAGGCCUACCUCAAAAAACAAGAAAACUGGUAAUAAAUGAACUAACUCUACAACUUAAAGAAUUAGAAAGAGAACAACAAGAAAAGUGCAUGCAUUCUCUUCUUCACCAUGUCUUCCCACAAGAUUUGCAGGAUCAAGAGGUUCCUGACCAAGAAACAAGAGCAAAAUCGGCCCAUUCCCCAAUGGAUUCAGAUGAAAACUGGUAAUAAAACCAGGUACAACUCGAAGAGGAGAUAUUAGAGAAGAACCAAACUGGACCUAUGAGAAAUCACACAUGAGAGAUGACUCACAUCCAGGUUGCCUACACCUUUAAAUGAUUGGAAAGAUGCUACUGUCUGGACAGUUGGGGCAUUUUAAUCGGAAAAUUAAUGGACUUGUGAUUUUGCUCUGAUUUUUUUUUCUACAAUAGUAGGUUGGUUCAGUAAUAAAUGUGUGAGACCUUUAAAAAAAAAAUUGAUGAACCCCUAGCUAGGCUCACCAAGAAGCAAAGAGAGAUGACCCAAAUAAACAAGAUCAGAAAUGAAAG